AAGAUUUAGAUCGCUGUCAAGUGGACCGGACUCAUAUGAGGAUUGUUGUUUUGGUCGGUAUAAUCAGUACACUGGCGGUCGCUUUAGCCGCACCAAUAGAAAUGCUUGAAGAAGAGGACAUUCAAGGACUAGAAGAUUUUCUGGCGGGCAUCGAGGACGAGAGAACUAGAGAAGCGGUGAUCGAACUUCUGGAAGCCAAACAAAUCGCUGACGAAAAACAAGUGGCCAUUCGAAUGCGAAGAAUUAUUAGGCAACUGCCUGAAGAUGUGGUGGCUGAACUCUUCGAACUCUACAAGAAAACUCUUCCAAGACGAUCAUAAACGAAAGCCAUUUGUAUAUAUGUACAUUACUUUUCCAAACACCUUUUUGGAUUGAUAUGCAUGAAUUUUUCUUCGCUACUCUAUCUUUAACAAUGUUUAUGCCUUUGUCAAGUUUUGGAAGAAAGAAUGCAUCAAUGUCAUCUACUGUAAUGAAGAAAAUACUUGACAUGACAAAAAUCCUACCAUAAAUUGCCGUGAGAUGCAGAAAUCACAUGUAGCUGGCAACAACUUAGGUUGUCAACCAAAUCCAUAUUUCAUUUUUUUAGAUAGAGC